CGUGUCUUUAGAAAGCGCACUCAACUUUGUGCUGGAGAUUUGGUGCGACUUACUUUUCAUAUUUAAACUGUUUGGACGAGAUGAAUUCUGUUCAGAGAAAAAUCCCAUAUACACCUAAAGCCCCUAUUAGACAGGGCAUAUACAGCCAGGCUGUUUUGGUGGACCGUACAAUGUACAUCUCAGGACAGAUCGGCAUGGACGUUAGUGGACAGUUGGUGGCGGGAGGAGUGCAGGCUCAGGCCAAGCAGGCACUCCUUAACAUGGGGGAGAUUCUGAAAGCUGCUGAAUGUGGAUAUGAAAAUGUUGUCAAAGCCACAGUGCUGUUAACAGACAUUAAUGACUUCAAUAACGUCAAUGAUGUUUACAAGCAGUUUUUCAAGAGCAAUUUCCCAGCUAGAGCUGCCUAUCAAGUAGCUGCCCUGCCCAGAGGAGGACUUGUUGAGAUUGAAGCGGUCGCUGUGUUGGGACCCAUCACAGAUGCCCCCUGACUAUAUGACCCCGACAUGCAUCACACAUUGUAAAUACAGUUAUAUGGAGACAAACCGCAUCCCAUAUUACAAAAUCAAUCAAACUUUUAACCUCCCAAGUCACCAACAGAAAAAAAACACUCUUUUUCUGUUGCCCAUUUUGCUAAUAUAAAUAUGCUAUCGAGAGUUCAGUUCAAAGCCCAGUUCAAUUCAACUUUA